CAGGUUCCGUGAAGGCUGCCCGCGGCCGACGCCUAACGUGAGAGACGAUCCCUCAGAUGAAAUGGCGGUGAGGCAGAGGUUUUUCAACUCAACAGAGCCAUUUUCCGGCCUACCCAAAGCCGAGCUGAAGGGGUCAUACCCGUCCUGCUCCAGCACAGAGCAGGACAUAGAAGAGGAGGAAGAGGAGGGGAAGGACACCAAGACAUGCUCCCUUUCUGUCCCAGAGUGGGGAGUGUUUCCCCUUUUUACUAAACUCAUUACACGGGGAACUGCGGAACAAGUGGGAGAAUCACCAGUAAAGACCUCAACCAUCAUCGCUCAGGCUGAAUGUGAAACCCAGGACUCUCAGGAGUUUAGUCCGUCUUGCUUUAAACGCUCUUUUGUUCCCUCCCCAAAUUGCUUCACCAGCAGUCAUUCCUCGGAGCACAACAAUGUGGCGUGCCCGACCACGGCCUCCGUCCAUGAGCCGAGCAGCCGGUCAGUCAGUCACACGCAGAGAAGGAAGAACCGGAGGAAACAAAAGAGCACGGGGAAGAAAAAGCAGGAGAAGAAGAAGGAGACGCAGCGGCAGAGACACCGAACGCCGUCUGGAGUCCCCGAACAGGAGAGUGGGAGUUCUGUCAACCUGAUCCAGGAGGAGUCGUCUCUCGGAGGGAGCGACCUCAGCUCGUCCUGCUGCGGCAGCAUUGAAAGCCUGGUCGAGCAGGAUCGAGGACAUCCUUUCUACUCCACGUCGGUCUACGACACCAGUCCCAGCUGCUCGCCUCUGAACUGGCCCGGCCCGGCCCUGUGCCCCCUCUCCACCUUCCAGUCGUACGAGCAGGACACAAGCUCUGACUCCCUCAGCAGACUGGGAGACUGUUCCCUGGCCCUUGCUGGUCUCAGGGGCAGUGUCAGUCAGGGGGACCGCUGCUACGCAGGGCCCUUCUUCAAGGAUGUGGAAAGAGAUAUGAGUGAAAGUGAAGAUGAGCUCUCCUGUGAAGAUUCAGGGAACAAUGAAGGAAUCAUUUUUUACAAUGAAAACAUACAGCUCAUGGACUCUGAGUACAAAGAAGGGAGAGAAUUCAUCUUGUCCACUUUCAUCAAACAAGGUUCCUACGGUGAAGUAUACGGUGCUCAAGAUCUCAACACAGGAUACAAGUAUGCAGUCAAAAAGAUUGCCCUGAAGAGGUUCAGCAGUGAGGAGGUGGGUGCGUGGAGUACCCUCAGAUCUCCUCGAGUGGUGGAACUCUUUGGAGUAAUACGAAAUGGACCUUAUGUGCUCCUUUUGAUGGAGCAGAAAUAUGGCUCUUUGGGUCAGCUGAUAGCGCAGCGCGGCCGACUGCCAGAAGAUUUGAGUCUGCACUACUUCUCUCAAGUUCUAACAGCGCUGGAAUACUUGGGGAAGAAACACGUGGCGCAUUUAGAUAUUAAAGCUGACAACGUGCUGCUCUCAGAGGACGGGGGGGACACCUUCCUGUGUGACUUUGGACACGCAGAGAAACUCGAUAACCAGGGGCAGAGCCUCGGUGGGUCCAAAGAUCUAAAGGGCACAGAGACACACAUGGCCCCUGAGAUCGUAAAAGGGGAACCCCGCGGGGCCAAAGCAGAUGUGUGGAGCAGCUGCUGUAUGUUACUGCACAUGCUCAAUGGGUGUCAACCAUGGACGAGAUACUACACCUGCAUCCUCUACCUGAAGAUUGCAAACGACCCCCCUCCUCUCAGAGAGAUCCCACCUGACUGCAGCCCGUUAACAGCUGAGGUUUUAAACGCUGGAUUCCAGAAGGAUCCAGUUAAGAGAUCAGCAGUGACUCAACUCAAAGACAAAACGGACAGAGCUCUGAAAGAAGUUGGAGGACUGUGCAGUCCAGUGAAAGGCCCCUACACCGAGCCUCUGCGUGUCGUCACCAAACUGCCCGACUCCUCGCAGCGCAGUGACGUGGACCACAACCAGGACCACCUGGAGCCUGCUGACAAGGUGAUCGCAGCAGGAUUAAAGACGCAGAAACUGCCUUCUGGUCCACAAGCGCUGCUCUCUGAGCCAGCUCAGCAGUGGAGCAACAAGAUCACCACCGUGCCGGAGCUUGAGCUUCGUAAACUGGAGCGAGACUUCUACCUGAGCAGCCUGUCUCAGCUUCAUUCUGCUGAGGAGCAGGAGCAGCUCCUGUCUUGUAUCAACAGUGAUCCUUCCAACUGGGGGCCCAGGGAGAAGAAGGACUCUGGUCGCUGGUCCCUGAGCCCAGGAGAUGACUUCAGCUCUGGCUUCUUCUCCUACAGCAGUCAACCAGAUGUUCAGACCUUAGGUGUGGAUUUGCUGGGUCACACACCAGUUCCACCCCCUUGGUGUUUUGAAGGGGUGGACGUCUGCAUCAGGAACUUCAGCAGGAGAAGCAUUCGGAUCAGAGAGAAGCGUCGAGUGGCGGUUGGCCACAUCGCCACUGGGAUCAGCGAUCAGAUCUCUGAGCGGGUGUUCACUCUGGAGACGCUGCAGGGCCGGCAGGUCGCUCACGAUGAGGAGGUGCUCGAGUCCGGUCUGGAGCUCCACUGUGCUCCUGCUCCAGACUUCUGCCCCCGGUGGAAGUGGAGGGUCAGAGACGGAGCGCUGGAAAUAAGAAGCCCCAAAACGUUCCUGGAUAAAAUGUUACAGAUCAUUUCAAAACAGGCUCAAAGGAUUUAAACACGUCAAACUUUGUUUCUA